AUAUAGAUAUCUCACUAUAGGUGCAUGCUAACAGGCCUCAUACGAAUUGGGUUACGAUCUGUUAACAUCUCAACCAGAUUAAUCUGUUACAGUAGCAAGGCUUCAGCCCUACCCAUGGACGAGUUAAAAGCAGCAGCAGCCCAGCAGGGGGCAAUAGUUCGGAAACUCAAGGAGUCCAAAGCAUCUGCUGACGAACUAGCAGCAGCUAUCUCCGAGCUCAAAAUUAGAAAGUUAGCUCUGUCCAAUGCGGAGAAAGCAAUAGCCGCCACCAAAAAGCCAACAGUAGAUCGUGCUAAAUUCGAGAAUCUCAUGAAAAGAAGAUUCUUCUACGGAGCUGCAUUUUCUCUGUACGGUGGAGUUGCAGGUCUCUACGAUCUCGGUCCUGCCGGGUGUGCUCUCAAAGCCAACAUGGUGAACUUCUGGCGGAACCACUUUGUUGUGGAAGAGAACAUGCUGGAGGUUGAGUGUACCAUGUUGAUGCCUGCAACAGUGUUGAAAGCGUCAGGCCACGUGGAGCGGUUUAGUGAUAUCAUGGUGAAGGAUGCUAAAACUGGGGAUUGCUACCGGGCUGAUCACCUGUUGGAGGCUCAUUUGGAGAAAGCUCUGGAAGGAAAGAAGGUGACUGACGAGAAGAAGGAGGAAAUGGGUGCUGUUUUGAGACAGAUUGACAGUUUUGGUCUGAACGAGUUAGGAGAGUUGAUAAAGAAGUACGGAUGUAAAGCACCAGUGACUAACAAUGAUCUCACUGAUCCAUCAGAGUUCAAUCUCAUGUUCGGAACCUCCAUUGGACCUUCUGGGCUUGUGAAGGGGUUCAUGAGACCAGAAACUGCGCAGGGAAUAUUUGUUAACUACAAGAGGUUACUGGAAUACAAUCAAGACAAGAUACCAUUCGCAGGGGCCCAAAUCGGACAGUCGUUCAGAAACGAAAUAUCGCCCAGGUCUGGACUUCUCAGAGUCAGAGAAUUCUGUCAGGCAGAAAUCGAGCAUUUUCUUGAUCCGUUGGACAAAUCUCAUCCUAAAUUUAAGAAUGUGAAGGAUGUUAAGAUUAAGUUUUAUACCUGUGAGGCUCAAAUGGCUGGAACUGACAUGCAGCACAUUACAGUCGGAGAGGCAUUGGAAAAAGGUGUCCUUGAAAACGAAACUAUGGGGUAUUUCAUAGCCCGAAUCCACCAGUACCUGUCAGAAGUUGGUAUCCCCGAUGAAAAUCUCCGGUUCAGACAGCAUCUUGCGAAAGAGAUGGCGCAUUACGCGGCUGACUGUUGGGACGCUGAGUGUAAGACUACAUACGGGUGGGUGGAGAUAGUGGGGUGCGCUGACAGGAGCUGCUUCGAUCUCAACGCUCACGCAAAGGCGACGUCCACGAAGCUAGUAGCCAAACAGACCCUCGACACCCCCGUCACGAGGGAAGUAGUAGAAGUUGCUCUGAACAAAGCUGCUGUUGGUAAAGGGUUCAAGAAGGAGGCCGGUGGAGUCACCGCUGCUAUCCACAACAUGGAGGACGAGGACAAGUUGAAGAUGAAGGAACAACUCCAGUCAGAUAACUUUAAACUGGUGGUUGGUGAUAAGUCUUACGAGAUAACCCCGGCCAUGGUGACGAGUAUAAGCACGGUUUCAAAGACGGAACAUGUUCGGGAGUUCGUGCCGAGUGUUGUGGAACCUUCUUUUGGUAUCGGAAGGAUCCUCUACUGUAUACUGGAGUGCAACUUCAAGGUACGAGAAAAUGAUGAUAAGAGAACGUGGCUGAACCUGCCCCCUCUGAUAGCACCCACCAAGUGCUCUGUCCUUCCCCUCAGUAACUCUCCAGAGUUCAUCCCUUACGUUGAGGACCUCAGUGCUGCACUCAGGAAACUGGGUAUUCCUAACAAGGUUGAAGAUUCUUCUGGAUCCAUUGGACGGAGGUACGCUCGAACUGACGAGCUUGGAAUUCCUUUCGGUAUCACUAUUGAUUUCGAUACCAUGAAAGAACAAUCUGUAACAGUUAGAGAUCGAAAUAGCUGCAGUCAGAUUCGUGUCCCGGUAUCAGAUACACCCGACCUUAUCAACAAACUGUGCACUGAGCAGAUGACAUGGGGAGUUGCUAAAGAGAAGUACCCUGAGUUUAUAGGACAGGAAUCCAAUAACUAAUCCUAGUUUAGGUUCACUAGUCAUCUUCAGUGAUGUUCCUUUUAUGCACAUAUUUCCUUGAGUUUAUUCCUCUUUUAUUUUACUUUUACUUCAUAAUUUGUAAAAGAUCUCGCCAAUAAAAUUUACUAUGCUUAACAAUUUGUUUGCUAAAAUUUGGCAUGUACUCGGAAAAUUUGCCACGAUUUUGAGGAUCCUAUCUCAGCAUAAGAUUAUCCUGAAAUUAUCCUUGACUUUUAGGUGAAAUGUAUAAAGAAGAAAUUGAAUGUCACAGUAUCAUUAAAAUAUAAGACUGUUUGUUGAAUUUCUGUAAAAUUGUUUAUUCAAACUUUAA